UGGCGACCAUCGUCUCAGCUCCUCCAAUCGGAAGUGCAGUUUACUUUGGGCCUGAAACGCUGGUCCAAUCAGAAGCACGGCUCGCUGAAGGUUGGAUCUGGAUCAGAAAAGAAGCUGCUGCUGUCACUUUCACAGUCGCCCAUCCGACACCAUGGGAAAGAAGAGUCGAGUGAAGACUCAGAAGUCAGGAUCUGGAGCCAACACCGUGGUUUCCCCGAAGGAGAUGAUGAACCUCAUCUCCGAACUGCUGCAGAAAUGCAGCAGUGCAGCACCCUCUGCUGGUAAAGAGUGGGAGGAGUACAUCCAGAUCAGAAGUCUGGUGGAGAAGAUCAGAAAGAAACAGAAAGGUUUGUCAACAGUAUUUGAGGGCAACAGGGAGGACUACUUCCCUGAUCUGAUGUCCUGGGCUCAGGAGAACGGGGCGUCCUGUAACGGCUUCACAGUGGCCAACUUUGGCACGGAGGGCUACGGCCUACGAGCCACCAGGGACAUCAAGGCAGAGGAGCUGUUCCUGUGGAUUCCAAGGAAGAUGCUGAUGACUGUGGAAUCAGCCCAAAGCUCUCUGCUUGGUCCUCUGUACGGUCAGGACCGGAUCAUGCAGGCUAUGGGCAACGUGACACUGGCCCUGCACUUGCUGUGCGAGCGGGCCAGCCCGUCCUCGUUCUGGCUGCCCUACAUCCGCAGUCUGCCCCAGGGGUACGACACACCACUCUACUACCAGCAGGAUAAUGUGCAGCUGCUGCUGGGCACACAGGCGGUGCAGGAUGUCCUGAGCCAGUACAAGAACAGUGCCCGGCAGUAUGCUUACUUCUACAAACUAGUGCAGACUCAUCCCGCCGCCAGCAAGCUGCCCCUGAAGGACAGCUUCACGUUUGAUGACUACAGGUGGGCGGUGUCAUCAGUGAUGACACGCCAGAACCAGAUUCCCACUGAGGACGGAAGCCGGGUCACCCUGGCACUUAUCCCCCUGUGGGACAUGUGUAACCAUACAAAUGGACUGAUCACUACAGGCUACAACCUGGAGGAUGAUCGCUGUGAAUGCGUGGCUCUGCAAGAUUACAAGGAAAACGAACAGAUCUACAUCUUCUAUGGCACGAGAUCCAAUGCAGAGUUUGUCAUCCACAAUGGCUUCUUCUUCCAAGACAAUGCCCACGACAGAGUGAAGAUCAAGCUGGGCAUCAGUAAGAGUGAACGUCUCUACGCCAUGAAGACCGAAGUCCUGUCGCGAGCCGGCAUCCCAGCCUCCUGUGUCUUCGCUCUGCACUGUAACGAGCCCCCUAUAUCAGCUCAGCUCCUGGCUUUCCUGAGAGUCUUCUGCAUGACAGAAGAGGAGUUAAAGGACUAUCUGCUUGGAGAUGGAGCUAUCAACAAGAUCUUCACUCUGGGAAACAGCGAGUUUCCAGUCAGCUGGGAGAAUGAGAUCAAACUGUGGACUUUCCUGGAGAACCGAGCCGCUCUGCUGCUGAAAACCUACAAGACCACAUCAGAGGAUGACCGGUCUUUUUUGGAGAAACCCGAUCUCUCUCUCCACUCCCGUUUGGCCAUCCAACUCCGCCUGGCUGAGAAGCAGAUCCUGGAAAAGGUGUCAGCCAGCGGUCGGGAUAAACGGCUCCACUUCCAGAAGAAGCUGGAGGAAGGCGCUCCGCUGCCACACUUCGAGGAGAGCGACAUUUCUUUGCUGGAAAACAGUGACACGGAUGCACAGCUUCCCAUUAUCUUGCGCAAGUUGGAGGAGGUGGAGGAUGGAGCCGGGCUCCAGGUGGGGGAGGCCCUACUGAAUGGGGAGAAGGUGGGCUUUGGAACAGAGGAGAGUCAGGAAGUGAGCAGAGAUGUUGCUUCAGACCGGACGAGUCCGAUGGAAGCAUCUGAACUGGGUGCCAAUCGAACUGAAGACAUCCCCAAAGAGAACAGUGAAUAGCUCAAACCCCUUACUCAUACAGCUCAUGCUAUUUAUUUAUUUUGUGUCUCUAAAUGAGUCAGAAUUGUAGAAGCUGUAAAAUAUGAACCGUAUGUUCAUCCAGCGUGGCUUCAUGCUGAGCUUUCUCACUCUCGUGUCAGGAGAGGUUCGGAUUAAAAUCGGCUCUGGGUUUAGUUUGAAACAUUAAAAGAGUGCAAGGCCUGCAGCAUGGGAGAGGUGAAAACCACAAGGUGGCUUUCAGCAACUUUUUCUCUUAUCUGGAUGUUAUUUGUACAGAGCAGGAACCUCUCCUGUUUAGUGAAUUAGCUGCUUUAUGACAGCACUUUGUCUCCAUGUGUGUGUUUUCAGUUGACAGUCAUUGUCUGGCUGUUCGAGCAUCACUGCCCUCCCUGGUUUUGGUUUAACAGACUCAUUUUUUGUCAAUUGAUGGUUCAGAGGGAAAGUGAAGAUUUACUUUAUGGAAAACUUGUUUUAACACGUAGUUGUGUGAAUGUAUUGAGUGUAAAGCUGCAGUGGUGGUCCAGCAGGAAUGAUCACUGUGGUGUUUCCUUCAUAAAGCCAUAAACAGCACUGAGGAUUCAGUGAGAAACAGGGAUGUGCUCUGUUGUUUUCCCUGUUGGAAGUUUGCUUUUUCUUGAACUGCUUUAGCAUGAUGGUUAAAAAAACACAAGGAAACGCCUUUCUGUUUGUUUUCUGCUUUGUGUUUAUUGUUCGAGUGAGCCCUGUGUGUGAAGACCUGACCACAAUGAUAAUCUAAAGGAAACGGUAAAGAGACUGGGAUGGUUUACCAUGUCCUUAAAAUGCGUGGACCUAAACACAGCUGGGUGUGUACGACAUGUUAUAAUAUUAAAGAGCAUAAAUGCCAAAGAUGCAGUACACUUGUGGUAAAAAAAAGGGUGUUAUUUUAAAUAUCAGGCUAUAUUAAAAAAGGUGGUCUUUAUCAGGUUGCAGUUUUUUUAUUUAAUUAUUUUGCAAAACAGACAACAAAAAUGAAGCCUCAUUUGAAAAGCUGUGUAGUGGUAACCUAAGGCCAUUAAGAGGCCUGUAGCUAGUUGCUUAUAAUCAAAUGUAUUGAUUAUCUGAUCCUCAGUGUGAGCAGCUCUGUAAAAGCAGAUUUGGCAGUUUUUUCUAGUUUUGGGCAUACAGAUGUGUGAUAUUGCAACGCAAGGGUGAAAAGAAACCGGCAAUGAUCUCGGAGAUGCAAUAUUGCUGCCCAUCAAUGUAGAAACGGUUAUAGUUUCUAAACUAUUUAAAGUCAGUCGUUCUACUGUAAAUAAAUGAUGAAGUGGAAAACAUUUGAAACAGCUGUCAGUGUUCCCAGUAGUGGGUGUCCCAGCAAAAUUACCCCGAGAUCAGAUCCAGCAAUGCUUGGAGAAAUUAAAACGCACCCAAGAGCUCCAUCCCAGACUCCAUGGGCCUCAAUUAGCAUUUUUAAAUAUUAUUUCUGCAAAACAUUGCAAAGAUGUAUUUGGAUGAACAGAAACAAGACUUCUGGAACAAUGGGAAGGGAUGAGUUCAUAUUUCUUGUUAUCUUUAAUAACAUUUAGCACUAAAACAAUACUGCAGUGGCUGUAACAUGCAUUGCUUUCUGAGGAUAUAAACAGAAUUUUAUUGAUUUAAGAAACCACCUUUGAAACGGCAAUAAAUCAGGAUAAAUCCCUGUAGGUCUUUCCAGUGUUGGUCACAUACUGGGAACAUAUUCCUGUUAUUUGUACCAUUGGGUUCUACAUGAGUUUCUACUGUAUUUUGGGUAGGUUAACAGUGUUACUAUAUGUAAACUUUACAUUUUUUUCUGGUUGAAACUUUGAAUGAACCUUUAACAGCCAAUAGUUCAAUCCUUUUUUACUUAUCGUUGGUAUCAAACAGACAGAGGUAGUGAGCAAUCCAGAAUUUAAUAAUCGGUUGAGAAAGAAACUCCAACAUCACAAUUGUUAAAAUGUGGAUAUAAUGUGUGUUAGCUACAGGAAUAUGAUUAAAAUAUCUUAUAUAAAACUGA